AUGGGUCUGGUACAAGAAAAGAGGCAAUCUAGUGUUUUGAAGAUGAAGUUGGUGGCAGAGAUACUGACCGGGAAUCUGUUCUACGUCGAGGUGGGGGAGGAUGACACCGUAGCCAACCUCAAGAAAGCAAUUGGGAAGCAAGAAAACCUACCCGGGGAUCGCCUCAUUCUGCUGCUCGAUGCUGAGGAGCGUUAUUCGUUGGAUAAAGAUGAAGCUUUUCUUAAAGAUUAUGGGGUUGAAGAUAGCUCCCACAUCUACGUCUUCUUCCGACCCCAGGAAACCAUUGCUGCUGCCUCUGCUUCUCCUUCGACUCCUAAGGAGUCUGCCUCCAGUGAACCUGCACACUCCAUGGAUUCUGAAAUUGGAGUUACAAAUGCAGAUAAUACAGAUGAGGCCAAUGAAGACGAAGAAGCUCCACGCCACGAGAAUGCUUCAGAUGAGGCGAAUGAGCCUCCUGCCUCAGUUGAUCAAGAAUGA